GAGAUUCUCAGAUUGUUCCAAAAAAGACAAGACACACGUUCGCCUUAGUUGUCCUUAUAAGCGAAGAAGAUACAACACGAAACCGAUCUGCUUUACUCUUCUUCUUCUUCUUCUUCUCUUUGUUCUUACCCUUGUUGGUGAUUGUUUGAUCGAUCUCUCAGAUAAGGUUUCUCAGGGAUUAGAUUUGCUUCUAUGAGAAGGACACGUUGCUAUUGUUGCUUCAUGUCUAGUUUCAGAUUCAGAACUUAGUGAUAAUAAGUCCAAGUUUACCUUGUGGUCCUCAGUUUCUCAACCGUAUAGGGAGUCUUCUUCAACUUCGAGGCAUAAGCAAGUUUGCGCUAAUGGUUGGACAGCUUUUGUAAAGAAAGUCUCUAUGGCGAGUGGUGCAAUCAAGAGGUUCCAGGACCGUGUUUUAGGGCCAAACAGGAUUGGUCUUCCGAGUACUACAAGUGAUGUAUGGCUUUUGGGUGUUUGUUAUAAAUUAUCUGAGGAUGAAGCCUCGGAGGAAACAAAUGAUGGCAGUUUAGUGGCUGCUUUGAAACAAGACUUUUCUUCCAGAAUACUGAUGACAUAUCGUAAAGGUUUUGAACCGAUUAAGGACACAACCUACACCAGCGAUGUGAACUGGGGUUGUAUGAUUCGGAGCAGCCAGAUGCUCUUUGCUCAGGCAUUGCUUUUCCAUAGACUGGGGAGAUCUUGGAGGUUCAAGAAAUCCGAGCAGCCUGAGGAGGAAUACUUAGAGACCUUGGAACCUUUUGGGGACUCCGAGGCUUCAGCUUUCUCCAUCCACAAUCUAAUACUAGUUGGAGAGUCUUAUGGUCUCGCUGCUGGGUCAUGGGUGGGACCAUAUGCAAUUUGUCGGUCAUGGGAAUCAUUAGCGUGCAAGAAGAGAAAACAAACUGAUUCAGAACACCAGACGCUUCCUAUGGCUAUUCAUGUUGUCUCUGGCAGCGAAGAUGGGGAGAGAGGUGGAGCUCCAGUUCUCUGUAUAGAAGAUGUGACCAAAUCUUGUGUAGAAUUCUCGAAAGGAGAAGCUGAGUGGACACCGCUUCUUCUCUUGGUCCCAUUGGUUCUCGGUCUUGACAGAGUGAAUCCCAGGUUUGCAAUUGUGAAAGUUGUUUUGUUUUUGUUUUUGUGUUUGGUCUUAAUUUACACAUUGGUAAUAAUCAGGUACAUUCCAUCUCUCAAAGCCACGUUCACAUUCCCUCAAAGCCUUGGAGUUUUGGGUGGAAAACCAGGUGCUUCUACUUACAUAGUUGGCGUUCAAGAGGACAAUGGUUUCUACCUUGAUCCUCAUGAUGUUCAGCAGGUGGUCACAGUGAAUAAGGAAACUAUUGAUGUUGACACAUCCUCUUAUCAUUGCAAUGUCCUUCGUUACGUUCCAUUGGAGUCACUUGACCCAUCACUAGCCCUCGGAUUCUAUUGCCGCGACAAGUGUGACUUCGAUGACUUGUGUCUCCGAGCAACGAAACUAGCUGAGGAAUCAAAAGGUGCUCCGUUGUUCACCGUGACUCAAACCCACAGCUUCAUUAGCCACCACAGCAGCUGCGAGUUCGUGGAGGGUAUAGAUGACAAACGUGAAGAAGAUGACUGGCAAUUGCUUUAA